CGCACUGUACGCGACGGCCGUAAACCCGCGCUCCAUCUGAGCCCGCGUGCAGAAGGCAGUCAACGUCAUAGGGACUUGGUUCCGCCUUUGGCGGAUAGAAGUCAACCCAGAGAAGAGCGCAGCUGUGCUCUUCACUGGCAAACCGUUUUGCCAGAACAAACUCAAAGAAGUCUCACUCUACGGAGCUCCCAUCCCCUGGCAACGUACUGCCAAAUACCUAGGCGUGACCUUUGAUAACCGCAUGAGCUUCUCCAUGCACAUUAGGGAAGCUAGAAAAAAGGCUGCAUACGUAAUGCACCGCCUCUACUCGAUGAUUAACGUUAAAAGUAAAUUGUCCCUCCGCUUAAAACUAACGCUUUAUAAAACUACGAUCCGUCCGAUCCUAACCUACGCUAGUGUAGUGUUCGCCAACCGUCCCAAAGCGACCCUUAAGCCGCUUCAAAACUCUGCAAAAUCGAUUCCUACGGCAAAUCACGGGCGCGCCGUGGUUUGUACGUAAUAACGACCUCCAUAGAGAUUUAGAACUACCUUCAAUAGCUAAUCACAUGAAACAGCUCUCUCAAAACUAUUUUGAAAGAGCUGCCAUCCAUCCCAACCAACUAGUGGUUGAGGCUUGCAACUAUACUCUCAACCUUAACGCUAACUCCAAGCAGAGACGUCCCAAAAACAUCCUUUACGAUCCUGACGAUGACAUGACAACUGACAAUGCUUCUCAGGCAACACAAUCACAAGCUACACAGCGUCUUCGCCGGCGAAGACGAGGUCCCCGAUAUCUAACGUCACCCGGAAGUGGGUUUUCUAACUCACGAUCUCGGGGGCGUCCGGACUGAUUCACUCAGGUCACGGUCAAACCCUCCCGAAUGGCCCUCUAAGCCGAGGCCCGAGUCUCAUAGGAGACGACCUUACAGAGCCGUUCCGUCCUCUGUUUUUAUUUCAGCCUUCGUGCACAGGCGAUGCUUCCGCGCUCGCCCACCCCCUACCGGUGACGUCGUAGUGGUUCCACAGGGAGCUAAACGGCAUUUACUCAACAAAAAAAAAAAUAUUUUCAUUUGUGGUCUCGCGCGCAAUAGAUGAUACUUACGCCUUCUCUACAGUACUCGCGAAGUUGAACGUAUUUCUCAAAGCAAAACAAUGUCGGAAGUAAAAAAGAAGAGACGGCAAUACUGUGCGGAAUAUAUUAAAUUCGGAUUUAUUGAAAAUCCCACAAACCCAUCGUCGCCUUUUUGUCUUCUAUGUCUAAAAACAUUUUCGAAUGAAGCAAUGAAGCCUUCAAGGCUGCAAGAUCAUUUGAAUAAAAUGCAUCCAGAUAAGAAAGACAAGAAUGUAGCAUAUUUUCAAGACCUAGAGAAGAAGCAUAAUACACAGCCAAGUGUAGCAAAACUAUUUGUCCAAGCGCAGACGUCGGACGACUACGCGGGUUGCGGGGUGCGGGGACACCGCGCCGGCCCGUCGUGCCAGCGACCGACGCGCGGACACUUCGAAAUUGAUUCGCACGGACUGUGUGCGCAUACACAAUACAAUAUUGUUGUUUGGUCUUUUAUAUACUUAAAUAAAAUUCACGAAGAGCACCAGUAUUCAUAUUUACAACCACCAGCUCGUUAACACAUCACUAUUUUUGGUCUUUCGCCCUUCUAACUUUGUGGAUUUGGAAACAAGCCAUACGACAAACAAGAAAGGAUUUCUGCAAAUGGGAAUACCUACAACACACAGCUGUGAAGAAUUACGAGAAGAACACCACGGAAACAAAGGACGAGGGACACGAUACUGAGUGAGUUCGUUCCAUUUUCCUUCUUAUUUUUCCGUCUUCCUUGCGCCUUCCUUUCGAUUUUUCAAAAUUAGAAUUUCUUCACACGCUUAAGGUAAUCAUUAUUACGUAAUAAACUUACAUCUAAUUCUUAUAAUAAUCAUAAUCUUCAUAUGUACUUAAAUACUUUUAUUGAGAAUUAUAAUAAUCAUUCAUUAUGCUCCAAGCUAAUUUUUUUAAUUAAUUGCUUGCUUAUUCAUUUAAUAUUACACGUAGUUAACUACCUACACGUAUUCAACUCGCUUCGACCGCUCGGCCGCUCGGCCGCUCGGACAAAAAACCGGUUCCUUAUCGCUAGCGACGUAGUUCUCAUACCUAUCUUGCAGUCAAUUUGCAUCGUAAUAAUAUAAUAUGAAUGCAUCAAAUAGGUAACUACUCAUCACGCGCGGCUUUUUAGCUGUUUUCGGCGGCUGCUAAGCAAGUUGACGACGACCUUCGAGCUUCGUACAAUAUCUCUUUGUUAAUUGCUCAAAAAGGCAAACCACAUAACAUCGGAGAAGAGUUAAUAUUGCCAGCAAUAAAUCAAGUUAUAACUACAGUGGACCCCCGGUAAUCCGGCCUCUGACUAAUCCGGCGCCCCCUGUAAUCCGACAUGACAGAAUUAUGUUUGACAAUUCUUGCUAAUAUCACGCAAGUUUGAACAGGUCACAACUCGUACGCGCCACCGCUAUUGUGCUCGACGCGUAUGCAUUGUUUUACUUAGUUUGAAUUUGACUACUAGUGAUAGCGGUACGGCUUAGCGUACGUUCAUUGUUUACUACUUAUUUAUUCAUUGUGUAUUAGGUAUAUGUAGUACCUAGUAAUGUCGUCAUAAACCCACAAGCGAAAGCACAAAACGUUGACAAUUAAAGAAAAAUGUGAUAUUUUAGAUCGCUUAAAUCGCAAUGAAACUUUCAGUAGUUUAGCAAGUGAAUACGGCGUAGGCCGAUUUACAAUUUAUGACAUUAAAAAAAAACCACGAGAAGAAGUUCGUGUCAACUACUGACUGCGGGCCAGGUAAGAGAUAGACACUCAAGGAAGCUGAACAUCCAGAAGUGGAAGAAGCUUUGUACAUGUGGUUUCUUCAGGAAAGAAACAUGCAUGCACCAAUUUCGGGACCCAUGUUGGCGAUGAAAGCUAAGUUUUUUUAUAAGGAAAUAACAAAAAAAGAUGAUUUUGUGGCCAGCAAAGGAUGGCUAGAACGUUUUAAAAGUCGUCAUGGCAUACGUUUAAUGACUAUUACAGGAGGGAAACUUUCUAACGAUGCCACCUGCAUAGAGCCCUUUAAAUUAAGAUUUUUGCAAAAGGUGAACGAUUUAAAUCUUGGCCCGUCACAGGUGUAUAAUGCAGACGAAUCAGGGCUUUUUUUGCGUGUGAUGCCUAACAAAACUUUCGUUUCUUGUAACGAAAAAGACGUACCUGGACGAAAAGUGAGUAAAGAGCGUGUAACCAUACUACCAUGUGCUAAUGCUGCAGGUACACACGCGCUUACGAUGGUGGUCAUUGGGAAAUCUAAUAAACCAAGGGCAUUCAAAAACAUUGAUUUACCUGUACACUAUUACGGACAAAAAAGUGCAUGGAUGACAAAAGACCUUUUCAAAAAGUGGUUUGAUGAAUGCUUGGCACCUGAAGUUAGAAAAUGGUUAAAAGAUCAUAAUUUUCCUCAAAAAGCGUUGUUGCUUCUUGAUAACGCUCCCGAUCAUCCGUCUGAAGAAGAACUGACAACUGAGGAUAAAUGCAUCACUGCGAUGUUUCUUCCGCCAAAUUGCACUGCACUGAUUCAACCAAUGGACCAGAACAUCAUUCAGUUUGUUAAGCAAGACUAUAAAAAAAACCUACUUUUAAGAGCCGUAUCAAAAGACCAACCAAUAGAAAAAACUUUAAAAGAAUUUAAUAUGAAAGACUUGGUUUUUGCUCUUAGUCAGUCGUGGAGUGCGUUACCGUCAUCAACUAUUAAAUCGUCUUGGAAAAAGUUAUGGCCAGAUAUAAUCACCACUCCUAGCAACGAUCCACAAAUCAGUGUAACUUCGGAAGUUAUAGAACAAGUCUCUACUGAAACACAGAUAAGUCCGGAAGAUUUGGAAGUCUGGUGUCGUGGAAUGGAUAAAGAAGAAAAUGUUUUUCUUGAAAUGCCUGACGAAGAUAUUAUAAAAGAGGUUUCUAAUAAUACAACAAACGAUCAGGAAGAUAACGACGACGUGAUUGCAACUGCUCCACAAGUCACAGAUCAAGACGCAGUUAACGCUUUUGAGCUAGGUUUUGUGACGGAGUAAAGCGCCAUCUGUUGGUAUGAUGACGAAAUCCGUAGAAAACGCGCUCAUAAAAGGUGCGAAGAAUUGAUUAUAUUAUGGGUCGCUAGUGAAUGGCCGUCUAAAUCAUAGAUGGCGACAGGAUCGUGUCUCUUCGUGUGAAAUUGCGUUUCGUUUCAGGGUCGGGGUGUGCAAAUUGGCAAUUUUCGGGUAAAACAAACUUCGUGGGGGUUCAAAAACAUAAAAUAAGGCACUAGAAUGGUGUUGGCAAGCUUAUGAUUUGUGAAUACAAAAAUAAAAGGGAUAAAGAUUUUCUAUUGUUAUAGUUAAGAUUUGUAUGAACGAACGAAUUUUUUGAUGCGUCGAACGAAAACGUGUGAGCAAAGUUCUCGCCGGGGACAGGGUUUCGGUGAUUUUCUGGAAACAGCCACCAUGAGCUGAACAAAAAUAUCCGGGGGGAAGGAUUUAAUGUAGCAGGUCUGCUGAGACCAAAAACCUUAACUAAAAUAUUAUGUUCAGCUCAUUGAAAAUAUAAGUUUUAUUAAGUCUUGGGAAAAUCACAGGAGUCUUCCUUCCCGUUGGCAAUGAAUUCGUAUAGCGACUAAAUUUAAUAUUCGGGGGGGUGGGCCAGAGAGAACUGAUAUUAUCAGGUAAGAAAUAUUUUUCACUUUACGGGACAUUGUGCGGGGUCAUUGACCACGCCGGUAGAACUUGACAAUGACGUGUCAUUUUUUUCGUUUCAGUGGGAAAAACAAGAAAGAAAUAUAUAAGAAUGAGUUUCGAGAACCUUUGAGAAUGUAAAAGGGUAAUUUAUGAGUUUUUACGAGUUUCGAAGAGGUUGUACGAAUCCGUCGUGACGUCGCGGGAUUCGUGGAAGGCUUUAAGAAGAUAGUCAUUUGCCGGUUACAACAUCCGGGAACGUCGCAAGCUGAGGCAGACGGAGUAGCCGUACCAGGUCAAGGGAGUCCGGCAGGACAUAUAACCGGGUAAAUACCCAGACAAGGUCAGUCCUAACCUGUUUACCAAGCUUGCGUUGAUCUUCGGUGUUAUGGACGAGAACAUAUCUAUACAGUGUUAAUUUCGGGGGGGGGGGGGGGGGAUUUUUGGAUAUUUGGACAUUGGAUCUGAACCGUGUUCGGAUAUAAUUUAAAGUUUAGUGCUUAACGAUUUAUGGUGGUAUUUUGUAUGUGGAAUUUUGUAUUUUGUACGCGGUAUUUUGGUAUAUUAUGAUACUUUGUGUAAUUUUGUCCAACAGCAAAUAUUAUGCUGUUUGAGGAUUCUAUAGUAGUACAUGCUUAAUUAAAGGUUUGGUUAUGCUUUCUCUUACGGAGGUGGGAUUGUGGGAAAAUAAACAAACUUUCCGUUUGGUUGGUUAGUGACCGGUAGUGUGAUUUGGACCCACGGGCUCUCAAUUCAACGACUGAGAUACCGGGACAUUAGAGCCUUUGAGUCCGGUCCAAGUAACCCACAUCUUCUUUCCUCCGUGGGACGAGAAAA